GAGUCCAAGACAGAUAUAACUGGAGAUGUGUGGAGGUGAUGGUCAUCAUACACACAUUAUUAGACUAUUUGCAAGUGAUCAACCGUCAUAAGUGGACAUCAAUCAUCCUGAUUGCAGCCACAGUGAUUACAGAAUGUAGAUUAUAUAAUAAUUGAAUCCCUGAUGGACAGACAGACAGACUGCAUGAGUUUGAUUACUUUGUCUCGAAACACUGAGAGUGAAGUGACCUUAUCGCUGAGCAGCAUCCAGCUGCCUCCCCGCUGGAGAAGAGGGAUGUUUCCUCAGUGCUGCGCUGCUGUGGUGUAGAGGGGCUGUUCCCUCAGCAGAUCCCAGCUCAGUCCGUCCAGAGCAGCGGCGGGGAUGAGCGCUGGGGACUAGGCGGCAACGCAACGACGCAUUUCACAGUGAUGGCCUCAGCUGCGCAGCUGUGCCGGUGAUCCUGCCGCUGCACGUAGGGAAGAAGCAGAGACGCCUUGACAACCGACCUACCUUCCUCUCUCUCUCUCAAGAAAAAAAAAAAAAAAGGCAGAGAGAGGAAAAAAAAGAAAACACACCAGCAUAAACAAAUGCGACCAUGUACAGCGUGGAGGACCUCCUCAUCUCUCAUGGAUACAAACUGCCCAAGCAUACCACCUCCUCCUCCACCCCUACCCCAGCCCCUGCGUCCUCAUCCCGCCAGCCUCCCUCGUCCUCACCGCCGUCCUACAGCAAACACCAUGAAAUCCUGGAGAACAGGCCCGGUCCCCGGACGGUGAAUGGCUAUGAAAGAGGGCCUGGCAUGCCCUAUGGGAAUGGUGGCGGCACCAGGCAGCCCCAAGCGUAUGGCAGCGGCUGUCCCAACAACAACAAUGAAACAAGGGACAGGAGCUUGUCCAGGCGGGAGGGCGAGAGCAGGAGCCAAAUUGACACCCACUCCUUGGGAGAGUCGCUGACCUCAGACAGCGGGUUCUGUGAUGGCACCAGAGGUCCUCAGCCGCAGUCCAAGGAUGUAUCCUACUGGAGGAGGAGAGGCCAGGAUUUCACUGUGCUGCUGGACUAUGCUGACCUCAGAGAUUCCCAUGGAGGAGGGCAAGGGGGUUACAGCAGACCGGAGGGGCCUCAACAAGCAAGGGGCCAAGAGCUGUCUGCAGAGGAGCGUCAGAGGAUAGCUCAGGAGAGGCAGCGGUGGGCAGCCCAGGCCCAGGCUCAGGUGCAGGCCCAAGCCCAGGUCCAGGCUCAGGCCCGCUCUAGAGAGAGGGAAGCUGCUCUCCAUCAGUGGAGGAUGGCGAGUGAGAGGAAGUGCCAAAGCCUGGGGACAGAGGAGUGGCGUCCAGCAGUGAGCUUUGCCCGCCAGCUGUCACAGAGUGAGGGUGAGCGUUGGGCACAGGAGCAGCAGCGGCUUCAUGCCAGGACACCAGAGGGUAUGGUAGUCCAUCCCAGGACCAAAGCCAAAUCCCAGUCCCUGCCCAGGAUGCUGCAGCCUGAGAGCCUGCAAUAUGUGGACAUAGCCUCGUCCGGUCUGGAACUGUACAGGCGGGUCAAUGGCCACCCACUGGCACACCAUGACUUUUACAGGGCACCCCGCUGGCCAGAGAAUGGCAGGCCAGCUAGCGCCAACCAACUCUCAAUGACACCAAAGCCCCGCUUCACCCGACCCCCCAGACCUCCCUCUUAUGAGAUGCACCAGCAGAUCAGGGGAAGCUGUGAGAUGCUGUCUGGGAGAGACUCUGUGAUUCCCCAGGCCAGGGACAGAACGCCACUUCCAAUAUCAAGGACAGGUGACCCCCAACUGGACUAUUUUGCACAGGACUCUGGACCUCCAGGAUACAUCCCUCCCCCGUCAUAUAAAAGAGUUCCUAUAAUGGGAGGGGUGCGCCGGGGAUAUGGUGAAAUUGCUGUAGACUACAGGUACAGAGGGGAUGUGUACCAGCAGAUACAAGUGGCUCCAGAUGGGACUCACUGGUUCACCAGACAUCCAGCUGGUUCCUGGCCUGAUCCACAGAGAGAAAGGAGCUUGUCCAGCCAGAAGCAGCUUUACCCGGUAUAUACUACCCAGGAGCGCCCCGGUGGAGGGAUCCAAUACAUCCCCUUUGAUGACCCCCGCAUCCGCCAUAUUUCCUCAGCCCUGGGUGGCAAUUCCCUGACGGACGCUGACAAGAUCCGGCACAUCCGCAACGAGCUUCCCAGCGUCACCGUGUCGGAGCCUGCAUCCAACGACAGUGCCUUUUUGCCCCCGCCAUUGGGGCCUUUCAUCGCCGCCAAACUGGCCGAUGAUGCUAACCCGACGUCUUCUAGCGACUUCGACAAUGACAAUAACAGGUGGCACAGUGAUUUGCACAAAGAGGCUGUCGAUAACUUCCCAGCAACUGACCAAAACUGCAACAACAGAUAUCCCAAAAACCAACGUCCUCCUUCAUCUCCCUCUUCAGCCUUCCAGGCCCCAUUAACAAGAAGUUCUUCUCGCCAGGGGUCCAGCUCAGAUCAGGUCUUUGCAGAAACCAUCACCCAAGUGAAGAAAAUUGCCCCAGAUUCAGGACCAGAGAACACUAAGAGAAGAGUGAGUGAGACCAUCUUCUGCCUUGUGUCUGUCCCUGUUCACACACCGACUAACAUUAGCAAAGACUUAGCAGCAGAUCAGAACAACAAUGAGACGAUACCAAGCCUGACUGUCACCAAAACAGAAACUUUCGCUGUAGGCCUCAAAGAGAGCCCCAAUGUGCGGAGCAAGUCGGUGAAUGAGAUGCCCAUCAAACACCACUACUCUUACUUCCACACCAGCAGCACAUCCUCAAUGAGGAACUACAAGAGGGCUCCUUUGAGGAAGGAGAUAAUAGAUGCUUGGGCACUUCAAGCCAGUGAAGACAAAGAGUUGUGCUAUGCUGGGUCCUGGCCUGGAAACCAGUAUCGUAACCAGGAAACCCAGACUGGCUCACCUUUGACAGUGGUGAAAAGUCCAGAACCCCAAAGUCCUCCUGGAGGGCAAGAGCCUGUUCAGUCCAUCUCAGGCACAACAACAGACAGUGGUUUGGGGACAGAUAGUAACUCCUCUUAUGGUUACCCCAUGGCAGGCCAGAAAAAUCUUCAUCCGUCCAGCAACAGCGCCUUCUCCCGUCUCAGCCUCAGCCCAACACAACCAACAUCCCUUCAACCCUUACAACAAGAGCCACUCUCCCCAUCAAAGGUCCGGUAUCUGGGAGACCAGCAACCAUCUUCCCCAACAAAGGUCCGACAUCUGGGAGACCAGCAACCAUCCUCCCCAACAAAGGUCCGACAUCUGGGAGACCAGCAACCAUCCUCCCCAACAAAGGUCCGGGAACUGGUAGACCAGCAACUAUCCUCCCCAAAGAAGAGCAACUCAAGUCCCCCAGAGAGUGCGGAGCAAGUGACCUUUGGUCAGUUUCUCUUAAAACCAGUGAACCGACGACCCUGUGAUGUCAUUGGUGAACUGGAAACAAUUAAUAAGGAAAUGGAAGACACAAUCAGCAAGAGACCCCAUGUGGUUCAGUGCUUUGACGAUCUAGAUGGGGUGAAGAGAUAUGACCGGUUUAAAUCAGGAGCACAUUUCACUGCUGGUCCAGAACCAGGCAGGGAAGCAAUCAGUCUUCCGCCAAUGCACAUAGAAAAACCCAACCAUAUGAAAGUCAGAUCAAAGUCCUUUGCUUCUACUGCUGAUCUGGAAUCCAUGGACAUGAAGAGUGCUUUCUCAAGGCCACAGGCCAAUAGCAUACCACCAACAAAUGAGUUAUCCAUACUGUCCAACCCAGGCCCCACAGACAGUUGUCUCCUGCCCUCACUACCCCCACACAAUGAGUCAAACCGUCUCUACAGACAGGACAUCCCAGUCCCUCAAGAAUCCUUGCUCAGGGAUGUGGGUUUAACUGUCUACACAGAGACUCCCGGUGGUCCUGGGGAGCCAAUGCAGCGCUCCCUCUCAGUCCCAUCUCCCCUCGAUCAUAAGGAGCUUAUUCAGUCAGUGCAGCUCCCGUGGGACAGCAGGACAGCACUUAAUAAAAAUAGUGGUAGCCCUGAGCACAAUUCAACUAAAGAGCCUCAAGCUGAGGUAGAGACUGAGAGAAAGGCUAAAUCAGACAGUGUUCCACCAUUCAGGGGUGAGGUAAAUUUAAGCAUCUGUAGAAGCAGGAGUGAAAGCAGCAGAUCACCUCAGAAAGAGAGAUCAUCAUGUAUCACCAGGCUGACCAGGGAGGUUUCUUUUGUGUUAAAGGAUGAUGAUGGUGAUGGACGAUAUGCCAUCUCUGAGCCUCUGACCUAUAAGAAUGAGUCAACAAUGGCAGAUAGGCACCUGGAGAACUUACUGAUUCAGGAGAAAGCCAAUUCUUUACCUGCAGAGGACCUCAGCAACCUGUAUGAGGUCAAAUGUGCAAAAGGUAUCCCUGAAAAUGAGUCCAUCGAACAGAGGGCUGCCAGAAUCCUGGGGAUAGCUGUUCCAGUGGAGGCCUUGGGUGUAGCUGACAAACAGUCAGAGGACAACCAGGAUGAUAUGGAUACCACUGGAGCUGAGGGACUACAAAGUCAAAAUGAAGAGACACAGCAGGUGAUAGGAGAGUGUGAGCAAGUCAGAGAGGAGUCCCUGAUUGUUCAGGGAGCAGAGGCAGAGGAGCUUAAGGGGACAGAAUCAGGAGUGGGCCAUGAAGAAGGAGACGGACAAAAGCACAGCAGCAACCACAGCGAUGGUGAAGACAAUGAGGAUACUGAGAUUCAGUCCCUGGUGGUACUGGACCUGCCCGAGUUCCCACCUCCUAAACUCCCCCUAUCCCUACCCGUCAGCCCUGAUGACAAGCUAGCACUGAGCAUGUGCAGUGUGGAGAGGAGGGGGCGAGGUGGAGCGUGCAAAUUAAUUGAAUCCCUGCAAGAUAAGCUAAACUCUUCCACUUCUCCAUCAGCUACAUCUCUGGGCAGGUCAACCCCAGACAGAAUGGCCCGUAUGAAAGAGCUGGACUCAGUGUCUCGAAUCAGACGUCUCAGUCUCAAAGGUUCAGAGUCUGGAGGGGAAUCUGAGGAGCAGGAUGGUGACAGAGAGGAGAGUGAAGUUCAGGAAGUGACACAGGAGGAAGUUGUGGAGCAACAGGAAAAGGAAGAGGAUAAGAAACUGGAGGAAGAGGGAGAUGAACAUGCACAUGAGACACAUGAUAAGUUGGAAGAACCUGAAGAAGAUUGUAAACCUAAAGAAGAAGCCAAUGAAGAGAUAUGUGAAGAAGAGCAAAGACAAGAGGAGGAGACAGAACAGAUGAAUGUUGAGAUUGCACUAAAAGAAGAAAAUGAAGGGAGUAAAGAGGCAGAUGUUGAAUUAAAAACAGAGGAGACAGAUGGAGAAGUGGAGCUAAAAAAUGCGGAGGAUGACAAAGACAAGUCUUUGGAGAAGGCGAGAGACAGACAGAAUACAGCCGAGGUCAGCAGAGCUGAGACGACACAACAAGCCAAGGGAGGAAAGUUGCCCAAACCAAAGCAGCGCACCAGGCUGCAGAAGCCUCCUCUGCUUCCUAAACCUCGCAGUGUUCCCAAGAGAGAAAUAACGCUUCCUGUCAGCUUCAGCACUGGGACCUGUGGCCCCUCGAAUAUGGAGGAUGAGGAGAUGCUGUCUGUCUCAGACUCCUACGACCCCAGUCGAGUGGAGAGAGUGUAACCCCUGACACUGCCUUCGCCACUGUGGAAAUCUGUCUUUCUCAAGUUAACAGCGUUUUCCAACAACAAAGGCUUUCAUCUCACCUCACGGCCUAGUCAGCCGUGACCCCUCCAAUAUUGUUACGCAUUACUUCUCACAGAACUGACUGUCCUGGUGCUGCGAGAGCAUUUUUACAGCCAAAUAAAGGCGCCGCCGGUGCCAAUUCUCCAGGCCUUUUCAACCUCGACGUCCUCGUCCUUCCAUUCUCUCCACCUCUCUGAAAGUUUAUUUGCUCAAGCAAGCGGACUUCCUCCUUUUGAAGUCGUCUUAUUUUGCUUUUGGAAAAAUGCAUGUCAUUAUUCCCUGUCUGCACUCGGGCUCCUUCUCGAGCCCGGGUGUUGAAAUAUGAAUGUAAAAGUGCUUCUGCUCAACAAACAUAAGAAAUGUAACAGAAAAAACAACAACGAGAAGGCAACAGUAUUGCAUUACAAUCAGUAUUAACCUACACCAAAUGUAAAUAAGAAAGAGUUAUAAGAUUUUAUUAAGAAUAUAAAAAAGUAAAUUUAAGUCAUUUAAUUGCUGAAGAAAUGUAUAUUUUCUUAUCUAUGUUAAGAAAAGACUAGAUUUUUUGGAAGUGUAGUCUUUGGGUGUAUUACUAAUAAUGAAACCCCCUGUUCUUUAUUCUUAUACUUGUGUGAUAGAGAAUGUACUCAGAGAGCCUGGAUUGCAAUGA